UUAAUUUUUCUUUAGUGGAACUAAGUCAUAGGAGGGGGAGUAGGUGACUGAUUACUGAAGAAGAAACACAGGCACACAGCAACACAACUACAUUACCUCCAUUUGUUUCCUAAAACACUCCGAUUCCAAUUUACGUUGCGGAAUUCAACUUGCAGAGCAACAAAGAUGCAAACCAUAUUCCUGAGCUCACCAUCAGCAUCACCAUCUCCACUCCAUCUAUCUGUCCCUCUUAACCGUCUACCUUUCUUUCCUUCUCUCCACAAAUUAAAUGGAACUGCAACUUGUAGACCCAGACUUUCUUUACUUCCGGCGAUGUGCUUUCCUGGUCCUACCCGGGACGCCCAGAAGUCGGAUGAUAAACAAAAUUUGCCAACUCCAUCGUCGUUGUCAUCGUCGUCAAACAGUUCUACAUAUAAUUGGAUUGCAGGUCUUGCUGGGUUGGGUUUCGUUGAAACCGCCUAUUUGACUUAUCUUAAGUUCUCGAAUACUGAGCCCUUUUGUCCCGUUGGUGGUGGUUCUUGCAGUGAUGUGCUCAAUAGUGGUUAUGCCAUGGUUUUAGGUGUCCCACUUCCAUUAAUUGGUAUGACUGCUUAUGGACUUGUGCUUCUCCUUGGUUUAAAGCUAGGAGGAUGGAAGGUACCCCUCAAAAUCAAUUCAAGUGAUGGCCGUUUACUUUUGCUUCCAGUCUCUGCUUCCAUGGCAGCUGCCAGUGGGUACUUUUUAUACACCCUAGCUACUAGACUUGAAGGAGCUUCAUGUUCAUACUGCUUGGCUUCUGCUAUCUUAUCGUUUAGCUUGUUUUUCAUCAUCUUGAAGGAUUUUGGACUGCAGGAGCUACAAAAAGUUGUUACGUUACCUCUGUUGACAGCUGCUAUUGUGCUUGGAGUUUUAAAUACCUCAUAUAGUUCGUUAUCGCCAGUACUGCCAAGAUCAGCAGCAUUGGAUUUGCCUUAUUAUCCAACGCUGAUUAUUUCAGGAUCAAGCCCUUAUGCAAUUUCACUUGCACAACAUCUCAAAUCUAUAGGGGCAAAAAUGUAUGGGGCUUUUUGGUGCUCACAUUGUCAAGAACAGAAAGAGAUGUUUGGAAGUGAGGCAAUGAAGAUCUUAGAUUAUGUGGAAUGCUUCCCAGAUGGAGUUAAGAAAGGAAUUAAGAUGGUUCCAGCUUGUAAUGAAGUUGGAAUUGAAGGAUUUCCUACUUGGGUUAUCAACGGCGAGGUCUUGAGUGGAGAGAAGACGCUUGAAGAGCUUGCAGAAAUAUCUGGCUUCCGUAAUGAGAAAGUUAAUCAAUCUAAUUGAUGCCAUGAACUCCCAAGUGUCUGGGCCUUGUAGACGAGGAGUUCUUGCUGUGAUGCCUUCAUGCCUCAUGAUUGUACAAUAGUUUACCUUGUUUUUGGCUUUAGAUUAUAGUAUUUGUACAAUAAUAUAUAAAUAUUUCAAUUUAAUGUGGGGUAGUUCUAUGUUAUUUUAUCCCUUGCACAAGUAGGGCGGGGGGAAUUUAUUUUUAUAAGGUAAGGAAAAAAGAAGUUAGGAGACUCUUUGUUCGAGGGGGAUUCCUAACGAAUUGCUUAUAAGGAUAUCCUUAAGUUUGGAAUUAUUACAAUCAGAAAUAGAAAAACUUUCAUGAA